AUGGCAGACUACAUCAAGGGCCUCUUCGGUGGCCCCAAAGCCGCCCAAUCGCCAAUACCGGCGGCACAUGAUGCUGACUUCGCCGACUUCGCCGGAGCUCCCGAUCCCUCUCCCGCCUCCAUAUCCCCGGUAACAGCUGCGCACAUCAGCCCCACACCGGCCCCCUUCGGAGGCAGACCCGGCGUGCCCUACACGAAAUGGUACCGAGUCUGGGAGCGCACCUCCGCCGCCGACUUCAUGCAAGAAGCUUUCAUCCUGCCCUUCAUCAUCCUGAUCGUGCUAGUCCACCUCUGGGGCACGCGCACGAACCGGCGCAAAGCCAAGGCCUGGAUGCGCGCGCACGCGCCGGUGCUGCAGCAAGAGUUCGCAGUCGUCGGCUUCGGCGGCCGCAGGGCACCCGGGGCGGACGACACCCUGAUGAAGGAAAAGGCGGGGAAUGAGUUCGUUACGUAUGCGACUGGGCGCCAGAACGUCGCGUUUGUGGAUGUUAAGCUGAGCCUGCUGAAGCGGUAUAACCCGCUUAGCCAGUAUAGCGAGAUGGUGCUCGGGUUCUUCUUCGAUAGCUUGAACGCCCCUGUCGAGCGCAUGGAAGCGACAAGCUAUUGCUUUGAUGGGAAGGAGAGCCAGCUCGUGCCCAGCAUGGGCGGCGCAGAGACAAAGUCAGCUCCCAACUCGACAUUCGACGGAUUCGUGUGGGCCAUCGUCCACAAGAACAGCAUGAGGCGCCUCAGAGACGAUCGCUACGACAUCUCCCUCACGAGCACCAAAGACAACCCCAAGCUUCCCGCCUGGGCGACCGUCAUGAGCGAGGCAGCCGAGAUCACCGACGCGCUGCUCACGCCCGAGCUAAUCAGCGCGGUCGAAAAGGCUGGCGAGGCGCUCGAGGCGCUCAUCGUGACCGAUCAGCCGCUGGAGCAGCCCAAGAAACUCGACGAAACCGUCCCCAAGAAGCGCAUAACCCUCUCCCUCCACCUCCCCUCCUCCUCUACCGCCUCUGCCUACGACUCCACCCUCCCGCUCUUCCACUACUUCCUGCGCAUGCCGGACCAGCUCGCCGCGCACGCGCACUUCCGGCCUGAAGCGAUGCGCAAGGUGCGGGCGACGCGGGAAGAGGAGAUCAGGAAGAUACGGCGGGUAGAUGAGGACGAGAAGGCCGAGGAGAGGAAGCUUAAGAGCGAUAAGGAACGCAAGGAGAAGAGGGAUCAGCUGCUGAAGGGGAUGAGUGCCAAGGAGCAGGAGAAAUAUCUUGCGAAGGAACGGGCGAAGACGCAGAGGAAGAGUGAGAAGGCGAGGACGAUGAAGGGGUAG